AUGGCCACUGAAGCUUCUAGUUUUAAACUGUAUAUAUAUGAUCCUUCUAUUGGUGCGGCUGUUGUCUUUGUUCUUCUCUUCGUUGUUGGUUCCUGCAUCCAUACGUACCAGGUUGCCCGGACUAGAACAUGGUUCUUUGUUCCGUUCGUCCUUGGUGGAUAUUUUGAAUGGAUCGGCUACAUUGGACGAGCCAUCUCGGGGACACAAAGUCCAAAUUGGACUGUCCAACCCUAUAUUCAGCAAACCCUCCUGCUUCUGAUUGCUCCCACCUUAUUUGCCGCAAGCAUCUACAUGGAAUUGGGCCGGAUAGUCCUACUGACGAAUGGGGACAUACAUUGCUGGAUCAGGCGACAGUGGUUGACCAAGAUCUUCCUCUUGGGCGAUAUCAUCUCGUUUAUCAUGCAAGGCGCCGGCGGCGGCAUCAUGGCAAGUGGUAGUGCCAGCGCGCUCUCCACCGGCGAGCACAUAAUUAUCGGAGGUUUAGUCGUACAGCUGAUAUUCUUUUCUCUGUUUCUGGGGACCACCAUCAAGUUCCACAUUGGGAUUCAAAAUGGUCCGACUCGGAAAGUCGUCCAUUCGCAGCCGCCGUGGGAGAGGCACAUUUACGCCAUGUAUAGUGGCAGCCUUCUCAUCUUUGUCCGCUCCAUCUUCCGCCUCAUCGAAUAUGGUCAAGGCAACGACGGCUAUCUCGUGACACACGAAGCAUACAUGUAUAUUUUCGAUGGCGUGCUAAUGCUUCUGAACAUGGGCGUGUUUGCAUGGAUCCAUCCGAGUCUAGCAGCUGGCGUGCAAUCUCCUCGGGAGUUAUGCAACUCGCAAUUUCCAUCGAUUUCUCAUGGCGAUACCUUUGGUUCGUUCCUUGAGAGGGUAGCAGAGGCGGCCUACAUUGCCCAAGAAUGGAGCAGCCAGGACCCCGAACUAAUGCAUCAUUUUACGCUCCACACUUCCAAGUCUCUCGCUAGGCGGCAGCAAAUGCAAGAUACAUGGCAAAUUGCUUUCCCGACCUUGGCUUACUCCAAUGAAUUCCUGAUGCAUGGCAUUCUUGCCCUGUCGGCGCUCCACCUCGCCCAUCUUAAACCCGAAAAUCACAGCCGGUACAUAACAAGCUCCAGAUUCCACAUCUCCCUCGGCUUGCGCUCUUUCCGCAGAAUACUUACGUCGCCCACCACUGACAACUGCUGUGCAUUGUUCGCCUUUUCAAGCCUGAUCAUGGUCUACGUAUAUGCUUCCCCAGCGGAGUCCGCGGAGGUCGACAUGGUCGACACGCUCGAAUCCACUCUUCAUUUGUUCAAGUUGUGUCGGGGAACCCUAGUCCUCAGGCCUUACAUAAAUCAUGUGCGAAACAGUUCUCUAGGCCCACUCUUUCGGCAGGAGUUUGGUAUGCAGGAGUUUGAUGGAGAGUAA